GUGCACACUAAGCAGUUUGAACUCCCCUUUUUUAAACUUUCUCGUCGGAGAAAGCCUUCGGCGUUACAACUAAAAGGGCUUUAACACAAAAAGAUGCGACUUUUGGUGUCGGAGUCCCUGUGAUGAGAGCUGUUUCCAAGAGAUGAAGUGGCUGAUGAGAAGCAUUUUUGUGGAACUGCCUUUGCAAUACGCGACUGAAUGUCUUUCUUGGUGGUGGUGCGGCUACACUUCGCGUCUUCUCUGAUAGCCUGCUUUUACCGGAGAUGUAAAAAUGAGCGAGCGGGUUACGCUGAAGCGGCGCACGAGGGUUUUAACGGAAGGACCGACUAGUGCUGGUAUCAAACCUACAACCUUCUACUCGCAACACCAUCUCUCCAGCCAAUAGACUGCUCUGCCUCCCUGAGUCCUCCCACUAAAAACAACCUGUAUCGCAUUUAUAGUAUGGAUAUCCGAACGUUUCACCUCGCUCAAAUUCAUAUUCACAACUUUCCACCGGGAGUGGGUUUAGCCUAAUUUGUAAGAAAUUGUGAUACAUUCUUAGAAUGACCCUCACUUUUCCGUGUGUUCCAGUCAUAUUCUGUGGCUCUCUGUUAUUUUUCCCACGUUUCUAUUAGGAUUUCAGAGCCCCCGAACACUUAAAAGAGUUGUAGCCUAAAUCUCGUCAGCUCUCAUGGGACUGAGGCAUUCGUCGCGUUGUUUGCUGCUACGGCGGAAGAUGGCGGAGGCGGACAGCUCAGAGAGGCAGCAGCCUGUAAUGUCCCCCAUUUCUCAGUCUGCUCAGCCCUCCCCACUGCCUAAACCAGUGCCUACUACCCACCAUGUGCCCUGCGUCCCCCAUACGCCUCAUGUAGCAGCACUGGCCACCUGUCCUGGUCGAGGCAAGAUUGCCAAGUUCAUCAGCCCCGAGGAAAUGACAUCACGGGACUACUACUUUGACUCUUAUGCUCACUUUGGCAUCCAUGAGGAGAUGCUGAAAGAUGAGGUGCGGACACUGACCUACAGGAAUGCCAUGUACCACAACAAGCACGUGUUCAAAGAUAAAAUAGUCCUGGAUGUCGGUAGCGGCACUGGAAUCCUCUCAAUGUUUGCUGCCAACGCCGGUGCCAAACAUGUGUACGGGAUUGAAUGCUCAAGUAUAUCUGAAUAUUCAGAGAAGAUUAUCAAGUCGAAUCACUUGCACAAUGUCAUUACCAUCUUCAAGGGCAAGGUGGAGGAGGUGGAGCUGCCUGUGGAGAAGGUGGACAUUAUAAUCUCAGAGUGGAUGGGCUACUGUCUUUUCUACGAGUCCAUGCUCAACACGGUCAUCUUUGCCAGGGACAAAUGGCUGAAACCUGGAGGCCUGAUGUUCCCUGACAGAGCAGCACUCUACGUGGUAGCCAUUGAAGACAGGCAGUACAAGGACUUUAAGAUACAUUGGUGGGAAAACGUAUAUGGGUUCGACAUGAGUUGCAUUCGCAAUGUGGCCAUCAAAGAGCCUCUGGUAGAUGUGGUAGAUCCCAAGCAAGUGGUGACGAACGCCUGCCUUCUGAAGGAAGUGGACAUCUACACUGUGAAGCCAGAGGACCUGUCCUUCACCUCAGCCUUCUGUCUGCAGAUUCAGCGCAAUGAUUACGUCCAUGCUCUGGUCACCUAUUUUACCAUUGAGUUCACCAAAUGUCACAAGAAGACUGGUUUCUCCACUGCUCCAGAUGCCCCAAGCACACACUGGAAGCAGACUGUGUUUUAUUUAGAGGACUACCUAACUGUCAAGAAGGGAGAGGAGAUCUUUGGCAGUCUUGCUGUCAGGCCCAACGAGAAGAAUGUGCGUGACCUGGAGUUCACCCUUGAGCUAGAUUUUAAAGGGCAACUAUGCGAGGCCGCCAUUUCCCACGACUACAAAAUGCGUUAGGAACAACAGACCAAGCCGUGCCGCAGACCUAGCCUCAGCCCCUCUGGUCAGCGAGGGGGAGGGCACAGGCUCUCCAACAAGCAUUCCAGUUUGCCAGGGAGGGCAUCUGGGCGCAUCUGAUUGGAUGCCAUCAAGUCAGCAUCUAGGUGAUGUCAUCACAAUAGGCACGCAUCUAUCAGCAAUAGUGCCAUCAUGUGUACCAACUUGAUUGACUCGGGCACCUCAUUGAAUGUAUCAUCCUACUUGAUUUUUUUUUUUGGUCUGUUUCUGAGAAUUAUUUUGAUUGAUGUAUGAAAUGAAAAUCAUUUAUUUAUUAUUAUUACAAUGAAUGGAAAACGAUUAACUUGUGUGAUGUUAAGAGGAUUAUAGCACAGUCAUUAACUGUUUUACCUUUAGUAACAUUUAUUACAUAUUGUAUAAUUGUAUAGAGAGUACAGUAAUUCAUUGUUUUUUUUGUUUUUUUAGCAAGUAUCUGCAUGUGAAUCCUUUUUCAUUUUUUAAUUUCAGAAAGAUGUGAAAUGGAAUUUAUUUCUUUAAUUACUGAGAACUUUGGUGCCAGAAAAAAGAGAACAAUGCCUCAGAACAGUAACAAACAUGAUGCAAUUAUGCCAUGUACCACUUUGUUUAGAGAUCGGAUGAACAAAGAAUAUGGAAAAAAAAAAAGAAUGUGGUGAUGAAUAAAAUGUCAAAGA